AUGGGAAACCCUUUUUCAAUAUUGUUCAAUCGCAAAAAACCAUAAAUAUUAAUUAUUGGAUUGGAUGCUGCAGGAAAGUCCACAAUUUUAAACUAAUUGGGAUUAGGAACAGUAGAAAACUUUUAAAUAGGCAUUGGAUAUUAGCAAAAAAAACUAGAGACAAAAUCCUUUAAUAUUUUCACUUGGAAUAUUCAAGGACCCAAUGGAGUAAGAUUGAUUUGGAAACACUUUUAUGAGACGAGUUAAGCUUUAGUUUUAGUUGUAGAUUUGACUGAUAAAGAAAGAAUGGAGGAAAUUAAAGAAUGGUUGGAAUAUUGCUUGAUUGAUAAUAAAAAAAAUCAAUUGCCACUCUUAAUAUAUGCAAAUAAGAUUGAUCUUGCUUAAAUUAGCUUUAAUGAUUUAGUUUCUGAACUUAAGUUUGAAAAAUUUUCUAACAAUUGGCAUCUAUAACCAUGUUGUGCAAUUACAAGAGAAGGAAUUGAGGAUGGAUUCACAUGGAUUUUAUAAUAAAUUAAAUGA